CCGACUCGCGCUUGCCUCCUUGCUACCUCGUAAGCGUCUAGGGCUAGCGACCGGGACCCGUUUUCACCUUUCCCCGCAGACCCCAAUGGGAGCCGGAGCCCCGGCCUGGCCUGCCGCUCGCGCCCCUUCCCGCCCCGCCAGCCGCUGUCCAAGCUCGCCCGGUCCGCCUUUCUUUCUCCCGUUCCCGGUCUCUCUCUCUCUCCUCUCUCUCUCUCUCUUUUUUUUCCUUUCCUCCCUUCCAAGAUGGCCGAAGUGGAUUCCCCCUCUUAACGAUUUGGAGUCUCCCUCGACCACCUCCUCUUUGUGCAGCAGCCCCCUGCUAAGACCCUGCUUGCGAGGGUGACACUUCCCCAAGUUUCCUCAGUCCUGACCCCGGCAUCAUGCAUCGGACCACACGGAUUAAAAUCACGGAGCUGAACCCUCACCUCAUGUGUGCCCUCUGUGGGGGCUAUUUCAUCGAUGCCACCACCAUUGUGGAAUGCUUACAUUCCUUCUGCAAAACCUGCAUCGUGCGCUACUUGGAGACCAACAAAUACUGCCCCAUGUGUGAUGUCCAGGUCCAUAAAACGCGACCACUGCUGAGCAUCAGAUCAGACAAAACCCUCCAGGACAUCGUCUACAAGUUGGUGCCUGGGCUUUUUAAAGAUGAAAUGAAACGGCGACGGGACUUCUAUGCAGCAUACCCCCUGACAGAGGUCCCCAACGGCUCCAACGAGGACCGAGGCGAGGUCCUGGAACAGGAGAAGGGAGCUCUGGGUGAUGACGAGAUUGUCAGUCUUUCCAUUGAGUUCUACGAAGGCGUCAGGGACCGAGAGGAGAAGAAGAACCUUACGGAGAAUGGGGAUGGAGACAAGGAGAAGACAGGAGUGCGAUUCCUGCGGUGUCCAGCAGCCAUGACCGUCAUGCACCUGGCAAAGUUCCUCCGCAACAAAAUGGAUGUGCCCAGCAAGUACAAGGUGGAGAUCCUCUAUGAAGAUGAGCCCCUGAAGGAAUACUACACCUUAAUGGACAUUGCCUACAUCUACCCCUGGCGAAGGAAUGGGCCUCUCCCCCUCAAGUACCGUGUCCAGCCAGCCUGCAAGCGGCUCACCCUGCCCACGGUGCCAACCCCCUCAGAAGGCACCAACACCAGCGGGGCAUCAGAGUGUGAGUCAGUCAGCGACAAGGCUCCCAGCCCUGCCACCCUUCCGGCCACCUCCUCCUCCUUGCCCAGCCCUGCGACCCCAUCCCAUGGCUCUCCCAGCUCCCACGGCCCCCCAGCCACCCAUCCUACCUCCCCCACUCCACCUUCAACUGCCGCUGGGACCACCACAGCUACCAAUGGGGGCACUUCGAACUGCCUGCAAACGCCAUCCUCCACCAGCAGGGGGCGCAAGAUGACUGUUAAUGGCGCUCCUUGCCCCCCUUGAGGAAAGGGACCCUCUCCUUCCGCAGCCAUCUUUUCCCUCCUUUUUACUUUUUCUGGGCCCCCUUUUCCACUUUUGACUUUCCCUGGUUCCUCCCAUCUUCAGAGUGGGAGGUGGGUUUUAUAAAUAAAUCUAUCUAUAUAUAAAUAUAUAUAUGUACAUAGGAAAAACCAAAUAUACAUACUUAUUUUCUAUGGA